AUGGCAGAGAGAGAUAACGGCGAUGCAGCUGCGGUGACGGUGACUGUUACCCCAAUUGUGGUUCGAUAUAGGGGUGUUAGGAAGAGGCCGAGGGGGAGGUACGGAGCUGAUAUUACAAACCCCAUCCAGAAGGUACGUGUCUGGCUUGGAACUUUUGAUACGCCCGAACAAGCAACAAGGGCUUAUGAUACCGCGGCCAGGAUGUAUCGCGGCUCUAAAGCCAAACUUAAUUUCCCGGAUAACGUAGAAAUUCCUAAUAAAAAUGAGGAGAAUCUCCAUCAUGAGCUCAAUCUUGACCUCACCCUUGCUCUGCCAGGGAACAUGUGA